AUUUCGUAUAUCCGCCAUCUUUGUGGCUCUUUGCAGAAGGGCACGAAGAGGCCGUAACAAGGGUGCCCAGUGUAACAAGAACUUGGCACUUCACUCUACAAGCAUGUUGUCCAGGCUCGUCAUUGUCUCGGCUAAUGCCUUGAAAGGCAGCGGCCCCCUUGGAGCUGGUUUGGUCCAGGCCUCUCGCUCCCUGCACACAUCGUCCCAGAGUCUGGCCCCAGUCCCCGCUCUGCCAGAGAAGGGAGGCAAAGUCCGUCAUGGCAUCUUCCCAGAGGAGCUUUUCCAACUUCUGUACCCCAAAACUGGAGUAACAGGACCCUACAUGCUGGGUACUGGACUCAUGCUCUACAUGCUGUCAAAGGAAAUCUACGUCAUCAACCACGAGACGUUUGCUGCCCUCUCCAUCGGCACAGUCAUCGUCUAUGGUGUGAAGAAAUUUGGUCCAAGUGUUGCAGCUUUUGCUGACAAACUGAACGAGGACAAAGUGGCCAAGGCUCAGGAGGUGAAGGACCUUUCUGUGUCCAGUCUCACUCAGGCUAUUGAGAAUGAGAAGAAGGAACAAUGGAGAGCAGAGGGAAGAUCAUUGCUCUUUGAUGCUAAGAGGAACAACGUGGCCAUGCUGCUUGAGACAAACUACAGAGAGAGACUACACAUGGUGACCAAUGAGGUGAAGAGGCGCUUGGACUACCAGAUCGCCCUGCAGGACCUCCACCGCCGGAUGGAGCAGGAGCACAUGGUCAACUGGGUGGAGAAGAGUGUCGUCGGCAGCAUCACCCCACAGCAGGAAAAGGAGAGCAUCGCUAAGUGCAUCUCAGACCUGAACGCUCUGGCUAAGUCCACCAAGGCCACGGCCAUGGCCUAAACUGUCGAGCCCUCAGAGAAGGCUGCUCUUGUCCCUGAAUCUUUGCCCCAAGACGAGACGUUCACUUUUUUUCUUUACAGAAUAAACUAUUUCCUCCUUUAAAGGUUGUCUCUGUCAAUAAUAUGGGUGUGUACAGUAUUUACACGUCAGCUGAUGGUAAAAUAAAUAGUUCUUUAGUUCAA